UUUUUUUUCUUUUAAUUUUUUUAUUCUUUUAUUAGGUUUUACUUCAAAUUCCACUCAUUUUUCGAAGGUCUUUAAGCAAAUUUCACUUCAAUUUUUAAUGUCUACAAGUGCCUCUUCUUCUAAAAUUGUCCGUCAUGUAUCGAAGGUUUGUCAUGUAGAUGAACAACAACUUUAUUUGAGUGAACGUGUUUGGGCGUGUGCUUGGCAUUUUGGUGGGAAAUUAAUUGCUUCGGCUGGGGAGGAUAAAACAAUCAAGAUUUGGAAGUGUGAAGAGGAGGAAAAUAAACAAAAUAAUGGAAAAAUUGAAGCAACUUCUGAAGUUUCUCCCCUUUCUAUAAUCAAAAUAGGAACAAUUCGAGGUGAUCAGACUCGUUCAAUUCGUUGGGUGUGCUUUUCCCCCUGUGGAAGGUUUCUUGCUGCAGCUAGUUUUGAUGCUACAAUAAUUAUUUAUGAGAGAAAUAAAAGCUCCAAUGAAUUUGAAGAACUCCACAAAUUAGAAGGACACGAGUGUGAGGUAAAGUGCUGCAGUUUUUCAAUAAGUGGACACUAUCUUGCAACUUGCUCUAGAGAUAAAACUGUUUGGAUUUGGAAAGUUCCUUUUGAAAACGAUGACGAAGAUUACGAAGUUCUCUCUAUCCUUCAACAACACACUGCUGAUGUUAAAUUUGUUGUUUGGCAUCCUAGAGAAGACGUAAAAAUUUGA